AUGACAAGCAAGAACAAAAAACCGUCUCCUUCAUGGAACGAAUGGAAAUUUGAUUUAGCAAGGAGAUCCUUACUUGCUAUCCAACGACAGGAGGGAAGUAAAGAAGCGAACCAAAAGGGAAUCGUUGUUGCCAACAACGUAUCAGUCAAAACCUAUAUCUAUGAAGUACCUCUCGAUCCCCACGCAAUGGUGCAAGGAGAAUUGAGUGUUGUGAUGGGUAACUGGAACCGCCGAUUAUUAUCCGUAAUAGGAGAGGUGGACAUCAUUGUUGGCCCAAGAAGUGUUUAUCGCCCCGAUCUUAGUAUCCGACCAAACCGGCGUCAACGACCUCCGUUCAGACAGGCAAUCAACUCAUCAGGAAACCCUUACCCAACCAUGGUUGUGGAAAUUGGAAAUACAGAGAGUGUCCGCAGUUUGCAUGAACUAGUAGCAGGAUACUUUUCUCCACGAACUACUAUUCAAAUCUAUUUGGCCAUUAAGUUAUUUCCUCCUCGUCAGGAUGGACUUUACUUACGUAACAAUCAAAAUCCAAUUGUACCCACUAUCGCAAAGUCUUUUGGGACAGCACCUCUUCAUGUUUCCGUGCAAAACUAUCUUCAUAAUUUUGCAGGUUUUCCGGCUGAUGGAAUUACUGGCGUUGGAUUUGGAUCAGGUCCCUGUAAUGGUGCCAAUCUUCCGGACUAUCAAAUUGCCAUCCCUACAAUCUCACUUUUUAAUGGUGUUAUUGGUGGCGUUCCUAAUGGGGUACCCAAUAAUUUUAGCAUAGAUUUAUGGGAUUUGCAUGAUGCAAUACUAAAUCGUUUGUAA